UUUUCGUCAAGUGCACAUCAGGAUUGUCCCGGUCGCGACAAAGGCAAAUUUAAUUAAUUUCAGAGGGCAAUGGCGGCCUCGAAGCUGCUUUUGCUCUUCCUGUGCUUUCUCAAUUUCAAAAUCGGAGACGCGCAGUACCAGAGGCAGCCACGAUUGCGAACGCAGAAUGGAAACUUAAUAAUUCUGAGUGCGAUCGACAAAAACAUCACCCUGAAAACGUCUGGCUCGCAAAGUUACGUCAACAUCAACGGCGAGAAUUUGAUUGGACUCGUUUCCGAGGCCAAAUCGGCGGUGACGGCGCUCGGAAAACUACAAGAAAGCACCAUCGACGAAAUGCAAAAGUCGCUGACUUUCUUGUCCGAGGAGAUUUUCAGGGACGGGGGAGUGUCGCAGAGAACCGGCCUGCUCGAAGGGCGAGUCGGAAACGUGACCAAAAAUCUGACGCUUACGAAGCGGAGCGUGGCUGGAAAAUUCCGCACUCUUACAACCAGGUUGAAAAAACUGGAAAGGAAUUUCGAUUUGAUGAGAAGGAAUCUGCGAAGAGACGAGUGCAGAGAAAAUCCUUGCAAGAACGACGGGACGUGCGAGGACGCAUACAAUGCUUUUUACUGUCGCUGCCCUCCUGGUUGGGAGGGUCCGACUUGCGAGGUGAACAUAAACGAGUGUGCGAGGUACGCAGGGACGGACCUGGGCUGCCAAAACGGAGCCACUUGUCGGGACAAGCCAGGGAGCUACGAGUGUUUAUGCGGCGACGGGUUUUCCGGUCUGCACUGCACGCUACCGUCGCUGAGCAACUGUUCGAGCGCCUCGGCCGCCGAGCUGUGCGGCCACGGCACGUGCAUCCCUCAAAGGGUGGCCGGACGCACCUUUUCCUGCCUCUGCGAGCAGGGUUGGAGGAAAAACGAGGUGACGGGCGCGUGCACCGAGGACGUGGACGAAUGCGCCGCCCUGCACAGACCGGCCUGCUCGGUCAGUCCGGCCGUGCCCUGCAUCAACACGCCCGGCGCCUUCCUCUGCGGCGCCUGCCCCGCAGGCUACACCGGAAAUGGCUUUUACUGCAGCGACAUCGACGAGUGCCUGGAAAACAACGGCGGCUGCAGCGACAACCCCAAAGUCGCUUGUUACAACACGAUGGGCUCUCGGAUGUGCGGCCCGUGUCCUCCGGGCUUCAAAGGCGACGGAACGACCUGCACCGCCAGCAGACCGUGCGAAACCAACAACGGGGGUUGCCACCCCAUGGCCCGAUGCUUCGACAACCCCAACGUGGGCGCCGCUUUCGUGCAGUGCGUGUGUCCCCCCGGCUACCAGGGCAUCGGUUUCGGGCCGGAGGGGUGCGUCAGGGCCGCCCCCACCCUGAACGCGUGCACCCCCAACCCCUGCGCCCACGGAGACUGCGUCCUCUCCAAUUCCACUCUUUUCAACUGCGUCUGUCAUUCCGGCUACGCGGGUCUGUUUUGCGAAACUCCGAUCAUGGACGUUUGCCACCCAAAUCCGUGUCAGAACGGCGGCGUUUGCGCGCCCCAAAACGGAACUUACGCUUGCAGGUGCGGCCAGAACUUCGCUGGGCCACAAUGCCAAUUCAGGGCAGCCAGUUGUGGCGGGGAGAUCAAUCAGGACAGCGGCGUGAUAACCUUUUCGACCAAGGACGAGCACUCGAACGCGGGCCUCAACUGUCUGUGGCACGUCACGGUCAACGAGAGCAAAAUCGUCAGUGGCUCUUUCUCCGAUUUCCAAAUUUCCCUCAGCCCCAGCUGCACCGAGGACUGGGUCCAGAUUCACGACGGCCCGAGACCAACGUCGCCUUCGGUGGGAACCUUUUGCAAGGAAAAACCACCCCCGGCCACUAUCAACACGACAGGCAAUUCGCUCGUCUUGUGGUACCACUCGCCGCGCCACCCUCCCGAAUCCAGUUUCACUUUUCGCUGGUCUUCCAAAAACCCAACGUGCGGAGGCAUUUUCACCGGGCAGGCCCAGGGAAUGAUCAAGUCUCCUGGUUUCCCUGCGUCCUACCCCAUCAACCGAGACUGCGUUUGGCACGUGAGGGUGCGACAGGGCAAGAGGGUGCGGCUGAACAUUUUCACCCUUGUUCUGCAGCAAACAUCCAACUGUGGAGACUACAUCGAAAUUCGCGACGGAAAUUUGGCCACGAGCAGGUUGUUGCGCAAGAUUUGCAACUCGUCGGACGCAACGCCGGUGACCUCGUCCGGUUCGCACAUGUUCAUCCGCUUCCGUUCAGACAAUGACACGGCUCGAGGAGCCGGCGGAGUAUUCGACAUGACCUUUGCUGAAAUGAACGGUCUGGAAGGUUGUGGCGGGAUAUACACGUCCGAAAGGGGUGAAAUCACUUCGCCCAACUACCCGAGGUCGUACUCCGGCAACUUGUACUGCGAAUAUUUGAUCCAGCUGCCCAUCAACGAGCGCAUCAAAGUUGUUUUCAGCGAUUUCAAAAUCGAAUCGGCCGAUGAUUGCAAAUACGACAGUCUCGAGAUAAGGGAAGGAUCCAACGAGAACAGUCCAUUGGUGAGCAAAUCGUGCGGAGAAGUCCCUCCCGCCCCUUUCACAUCGAACGGAAACGAGCUCCUGUUCAUCUUCCAAACCGACGCGUCCACCACGGCCAGAGGUUUCAAAAUCAAAUACGAAACUGCCUGUGGCGGAGUUUUCACAGAGGCAAGCGGAAUGUUCUCGUCUCCCAACUACCCACUUACCUACCCCAACUCGAGAACGUGCGUUUACAAGAUCGCGCAACCCCUGCACAAGGCCAUCAUUCUCGAAUUCCUCGACUUUGAACUCGAGCAACACGCCAACUGCGUCCACGACUACGUAGAGAUCAGGGACGGCGCAGAAGAGACUUCGCAAUUCAUGGGAAGAUUUUGCGGGGUAGUCAGCAAGAAGCCGCCAGUCACCCUUUCCACCCGAAAUUACUUGUGGAUCAAAUUCAAAACCGACUUGAGCGCAACUUACAAAGGAUUCGUCGCUAAUUACUCGACUGUUGAAACGAGCUGCGGGGGCAUUUUGACCAACAAAACCGGAGACAUUUCUUCAAAAACUCAGGGCGACGUGUGCACGUACGUGAUCCACGUGCAGCGUGGUUUGGUGAUUCGCCUGAACUGGAGAAAGGUUUGGAGCAGCAUUUCCAAUCCCGAAUCUAAUUGCGUCUCCAGCAACUACAUCCAAGUCUUUGACAAUUCCAGCUCAGGCCUUGAAAUCGGAAGAUACUGUGGAAACAAACUUCCUCCAAUGUUGACCUCUCAAGGAAAUAUGAUGACGAUUGUGAUUAAUCAGACGGUUUCAGCGUCCAACACGGAAUUCGAUUUAUCUUACAAUACGAUACAACAAUCAGAACUUUGUGGAGGAACUUUUUACACCGCUUCUGGAAUGAUUCAGUCGCCAAACUACCCCAGAAGCUAUGCAAUCGACUUAGAUUGCAUUUACCUAAUCCAAGUCGAAAGUGGCCAGCAAAUAAGUCUCAACUUCACAACUUUCGAACUGGAAAAUUCAUCAGACUGUAGUUUCGAUUAUGUUGAAAUAAGAAACGGUCCGAGCGGAACUUCUCCUCUGAUCGGAACUUAUUGCGGCAGCACGAAGCCUCCAGUGAUUCCGUCUCACACCAAUUUCUUGUGGAUUCGAUUCCACACGGACAACUCGCUCACUGCCAAGGGAUUCAGAGCGAUUUGGGAUGGCGCUUCUUCUGGUUGUGGCGGAAUUCUGAGGUCACCCUCAGGCCACAUCGAGUCUCCAAACUACCCCCAGCCCUAUGGGGUGAACGCAGAAUGCUUUUGGAAAAUUUACACCAGCAAGGGGAACAGAAUUACCCUCUCCGUUGUGGACAUUGACAUUGAGAAAGCUGACGACAUAAAUUCCUGCUACGACUACAUUGAGGUUAUUAUUAUUUCAACGAAAAAUGCUAAAAUUCCAAAUUUUCUUCAGUUUAGAGACGGUGACUCAGUGAACGACCCAAUGCUGGCCAAACUCUGCAAUUCCAAGGUCUCAAACAGACAAAUAACCUCCACUUCAAAUAUGCUUUGGGUCAUGUUCAGGACUGACGCCUCCGAGGCUGGGCGAGGCUUCAGCUUAAGAUACGACACAGAGUGCAACAACCUCCUGACGGGACACAGAGGAGUGAUCGAGAGCCCCAAUUUCCCAGGCGACUACCCGCACAACUCGAACUGCACGUGGGUCAUUUCUGCUCCACCCGGAAAUCAAGUCAACGUUUCCUUCUCGCACUUUGCUCUGGAAAAAAUCGGGGCAGACUGUUCUGUUGACUAUGUUCAACUGAGGAGUGGAACUGCCAACGAUAACAAUCAAACCGAAGUGAUUGGAAAGUAUUGCUCAAGUGAGGAUCAACCAGGAGUAAUAACGUCCAGAUUCAACACCCUCUACGUGGAUUUCGUCACAGACUUCAGCGUUGCCCUUUCUGGCUUUAGGCUGGAGUGGGUUGUGCAUGGUUGCGGUGGCAGAUUCGAAGCGCCGUACGGCACUCUGCAGUCUCCAAACUACCCAAACAACUAUCCUAAAAACACUGAAUGCCGGUGGGAAAUUGCAGUGGAUUGGGGAAAGAGCGUUGAACUUACGAUUACGGACUUGCACAUGGAAUUGUCUGCAGACUGUGCGUUUGACUACGUUCAGGUUUUUGGGGGACCGGACGACAAGUCUCCGCUUUUGCUGCAAACGUGUUCAACGCACGAAACUGUUCAAAAGGUUGUGUCAGCGGGCAGGUACAUGACAGUCUACUUCAAGAGCGACCAUUCUCUCGGCAGAAGAGGUUUUUCUGCAUAUUUCAGACAACUCCAAACAGGCUGCGGAGGGCAGAUCAACGGAAAGAAAGGUCGCUUCGUCAGCACCAGUUCCACAAGCCAAUACUUCCCUCAAAAUGCCGUUUGCAAUUGGCUCGUCUCUGUGGACGCCAAUUACAGAGUGAAGCUCAAUUUCACUGAAUUCCACGUGCCAAUGGUGGGGAAUUCGUGCGACAGGCAGUAUGUUGCGGUGUGGGAUGGCUAUAACGACAGAGUGCCGCCCUUGGCAAAGCUCUGCGGGGACAAAAACAUUUCUGCGAUAAUUUCAAAAUCCAAUUUUCUAUUAGUCAGAAUUGUCACUUCCAACGAAACAAAAGUGAGAGGAUUCGAAGCCGAGUAUCAAAUUACUUGUGGGGCAACCAUUGAAACUUCAGGGAGCGGUUUUUUGAAAAGCACCGAGAUGCAGGACAGAUCGGACGACGAAAUGGAAUUGACAAACAACUGCACUUGGACAAUUAUUUCAAAGAUACCAACAUCAAGAGUAACGCUAUCCUUGACGCACCUGGACGUGGACGAAUCGUACUCGUUCAACAACAACACGUGCCUCCUGCAGUUUUUGGAAGUGCGAGACGGAAUCGGUUUGUCGGCGCCUUUGAUUGGCAAAUACUGCAGCAGAAAAAUCCCCCCACACAUAGUCAGCAAUGGCCAAGCGCUGACCGUCAAUUUGGUCACUUUGGGCGGGAAAAUGAUGCCGAAGCAUUUUACUGCUUCUUAUUCAGUCGAAGACACGGCGUGCGGAGGGUCUUUGACCUCCGAGGAAGGCUCGUUUGCCACUGCAGGCUAUCCAGGAAGCUACAAACUCAACACGGAAUGCAUUUGGAUACUUGGUGCAUCCCCAGGCAAUUUUUUGAAACUGACAUUUUCAAUGUUCGACUUGGAAUUGAGUGACGGCUGCAACAAUGAUUAUCUGGAGAUCAGACAGGGAACCACCGGAGCAGAUCCUCUGAUCGGCGUAUACUGUGGCACGAACAUUCCUAGCGACAUCUUAAUUAGCAGCAAACUGUGGAUAAAAUUCAAGAGCGACGACCAGACCGUCGGCGGGGGCUUCUUGGCCCACUAUUCUCUUGUGCACGGUGGCGAGUUGGUUGGAGCCAAAGGCGUAAUUACGAAUCCGAUGUACCCAAAGCUUUUCACCACCUCUGGCGAAUUUUGGUGGCGCGUCAUCGCCAGCCCAUCAAAGGUCAUUCGAUUGACGUUCAAGCAGAUUUAUCUGAACUCAAUUGGUUGCCUCACCAGUUUCAGAAUUUACGACGGCAGGGACGAAAAGGCGCCACAGCUGCUUGAAAUCUGCGAAGAACAACCGAAUCCAAGCCCAAUCGUGUCCACGGGAAAUGUCGUUUACAUUAGUUUCAGGUCCACAACAAUGUGGUUUGGCUCUUUGUUUAUGAUCGAGUGGGUGGCUGAGCCAAGAAGACCUCAGAUCAAUUCUCCAACCAUCACCCCUGGUUGCGGCGGCGCCAACGGUUUGACAAACGGAAGCUUUGAAUUCACCAGUCCAGGCUACCCAGGAGGAUACGCAAGUAAUCUGAGGUGCGAGUGGAUAUUCCAGACUGCGUCUGGAUAUCACGUGGCCCUCUAUUUCAACGCUCUCAACGUUGAACAGUCGGCAGGAUGUAACUACGACGCCGUCGAUGUUUACUCGGGGUCAAAAAUUUCGAAUGACUGGACCCUCAUUCAAAAAUACUGUCGCCCCAAUGCGACCCAACUAAAUGGCGUGCACUCAACUGACACGAUGAAGGUUGUCUUCAGGUCGGACGCAGGCAGAAACAAAACAGGGUUUUCUGCAACCGCAGUGUCAGUUUGCGGGGGGAAUUUAGAAGGAUCGAGUGGCACCCUGAAAAUUUACAAUUUGACUCAGACAUUGCCGCAGGGAUUAGUCACGACUUGCGAAUGGAACAUUACAGUCCGGGCUGGGAGGACGAUUAAGGUUGACAUUAGUCAAAUCAACAUAAGCAACAAUAGGCCGGGAUGUCCUGAGGAAUAUUUAUUGUUUCGAAAUGUGGUGACCAACAACUCGGACUCGAGUUACCAAAACAUAUUCUGUGGAAAUCUGCCUCCGACCGGCACGAUUGAGACGAUCGGAAAUGUGCUCUUUGUGCGGUUCAAAGUCAGGAAAGACAACGUGGAGAAUGGGUUCACUCUGACGUGGCAAGAAAGUUCCUCCAACUGCGGAGGUCGUUACACUUUUACGGAGGAGAGUGGAAUAAAAUCUGUGACCAUCAAGACGCCCAACCACCCGAAUCCGCCGCCCACGAACACCGAGUGCGAGUGGGUUUUCCUGGCUCCGUCAGGGCGCAGCCUCAGGGUCGACUUCAACGAACCCAUCAGCAUGGUCUACUCAAGAGGGUGCGCAGCUUCGUACGUUCAGUUUUUUGACGGCGGCUCGGCCAUCGCGGCGAGUUUGGGCAAAUUUUGCAAUAACAAGCCCAACUCGAUUUUGACUUCAGACAACGCACUUUUCGUGCGCUUUGUCACCACGGCCGCUGAACCGAAGAACGGAUUUAUAGCGGACAUCAGACUUGACGAAUGCGGCGGAACUUUCACAAACGAUUUCAACACGAUCGAGGUGCCUGAGAAAAACGACAACAUGCCGAAAGUGUGCGUGUGGAGAAUUGUGGCAUCGGAAGGGAAUUUGAUCAGCUACUCUUUCGACUCGUUCAACAUGGAAUCGAGCGGAGAAAACUGUUCGUCCGACUACGUCGAGGUCAGGGAGGCCCUGAUGACCGGCACCAACAACAACUCCUUGGUGGCGCAGUCGCUGAAUCACCCGAGAUACUGCGGCUCGUCAAUGAACAGAACCUGGGUCAGCACUGGCACGGAAGAGUUGAUUCUCAUUCUGAACUCGACCAGGGGCAUCGGCAGGGCGGCCAAAAGAUACUUCAAAUUCACCUACAAAGCCAUGCACCAGGAUUGCGGAGGGGUUAUUAAUGCUCCCGAGGGCGAGAUCGUCAGUCCAGGGUACCCAGGGUCGCAAUCGAAACGCCAGAUUUGCAACUGGGUCGUCACCGUGCCCGAGGGGCGGAGAAUUAAAAUCGAGUUCAUAGAUUUUGACCUCGCAGGAUCCAAAAGCGGCUGCCAACAAUGGCUCGGAAUUUACAACGGCCACCUGAGCAUUUUGCCGAUCGGUUUGUACUGCGGCGGGGAAAACCUGGCGGAAGUUUCGUCCUCGAGCAACAAAGUGCUGGUUCAGUCGCUGACUUGGCACACUUCCAACCACAGAGGAUUCAAACUCAAGUUCUCCUCAGACCUGCCGACAGUUUGCGAAGGCAACAUUGUGCAAAAUUUCGGCUCGCUGAGCUUCCCAAAAGUGAACAUGUCGUCCAUAUUCUGUGUGUGGAACCGACGAAUGCCCCCCGACUCCCCCAAAGGCACCUUCGCCAUGACCAUCCACAACACCACCAUGAACAGCACCCAGGAAUCGUCCUGCUUCCGAUCGUCCCGCGCCUUGAUCAUUGGAACAGAAAGCUUGCCGAUUGCCCAAAUUUGCGACACGAUCACGGCGCCCAAGAUCGUGACCAACCCGUACCCGUCGACCCAAAUCACGGCGAGGCAGAACGACGCCAACAACAAGGUGGACUUCAACCUGUGGUACCAGUUUUACGAGUGCGGCGGUUUGCUCAGGGGCCCCAUGGAGAACAUUUCCUCCCCCGCCAACAUGGGCAUGGAGUGCGGCUGGAGCCUCAACUAUCAAUACGGACAGAUCAACCUGACCUUCGCCGUGUUCAAUUUCACGUCCGACUGCUCCGAGCAGAGCCUCAGCAUUUACAACGGGCUGACCUCGAACCGCCCUUUGAUUGGCCGCUUCUGCAGAGAAAACCUUCCACCCGCCAGCAUUUUGGCGCAAUCCAACGCGCUCUACGUCGAGUACCACGGCUCAAAGAACGUCAACAACGCCAGCCACUUCCUCCUCAGCACAAUGCUCGUCCAAAGAGGCUGCGGAGGGAUUUUCCAUAUUCACACAGGCCUGAUCGCGUCGCCCAGUUAUCCAAAGUUGUACCCAAACAACUCUGAAUGCAACUGGGAGAUCGUGGUUGACGAGGGAUACCAGGUGGGGUUGAGGUUCAUCAACAGGUUUUACAUCGAGUCCAGUUCAGGAUGCACCAAGGACUUCUUGGAGGUGUUUGAUUUUGUCAACAAUGGUUGGAAAUCUCUGGGCAGAGCGUGCGGUCGAGAAAUCCCCAAACCCUUCAACUCGACCACAAACAGGAUGAAAGUUUUGUUCCGCAGUGACAACGCGACCAGAGGCGACGGUUUCGUGGCGAUUUGGAGUGUGAACUGCGGCGGCGUAUUCACGGCCAGAGAGGGGUACAUCUCGUCCCCGAGCUACCCUGGCAAUUACGGAAAAAUGCUCAACUGCAAAUACACGAUUUCCGCGCCCAGGAAGGCCAUCAAGUUUGACUUUGUCGACUUCAGCCUCGAACAGGGAUUCCAAGACUGCCGGUACGACAACGUCAGCAUCGCCAAGUUUUCGCCCUCGAAAGGUCGCAGCAGAAUCACGACUUUUUCGACGCAAGCGUACUGCGGCCAGGACGCGCCUCCGGACGGCGUGUCCACCAACAUCCUCACAAUCAGGUUCCAGACCGACAAGUGGAUUGAAAAGAGAGGCUUCCGCAUGCACUACGUCUUGGAGGAUUGCGGCGGCGACAUCAACGAAACGACAGUUUUGACUCCGAACCUCUUUUCGGUUCAGUUCGUCAACGUCAUCAGCUGCACUUGGCGCAUUUUCGCGCCGGACAAGCAGAACGUGCUUCUGAAGUUCGAGGAAAUCAACCUGAGGAGAAGCAACAAGUGCGUCCUGAGUUCGAUUCAGCUGUUCAACGGCACCGCGACCGACCCGAAGGCGAAGAUUGCAACCUUCUGCGGAAACGUGAGCGACGACCAGAGGGUGUUUGUUUCCCAGGGCAACGUCCUCACCCUCAACUACAUCGCCUUCCGCACCUACAUGAGGACGAACCCGUUCUCCGUCGCCGUUUCAUUCACAUAUGGUGAAAGUGUUGGCUGCGGAGGUCAAAUCACGUUGGACCGGAGCACGCAAAGGACGAUCGGAUCAUACUCGAGCCGAGGAGUCGGAGGCGCGUACGAAAACAUGCUCGACUGCCGAUGGUUCGUCAAAAGCGACGCGGGUCAGAUCAUCAAAAUGACCUUCAACAGCUUCGCCGUCAAAGACUGCAACCGCAGCCUGACCAACGCGAGCUGCGACUGCGACUUCCUCGAGGUGCGCGACGGCAUCAAUCAAUUUUCGCCUUUGCUCGGACGCUUCUGCGGCAACAAACGUCCGAGCGCGAUCACUUCGUCCGGCAACCGCUUGUACGUGCGCUUCGUGAGCGACGACUUUGAGAGCGACUCCGGUUUCCAGGCCGUCGUCGCCAAAGAACAAUCGAUUUGCGGGCCGCCGAUGCUGACGGUGGACGACACGGUGCGCGAACUGACGUUGCCAGGGUACGACUCGCGAGCCACCUACCCUGGCAAUGUGCGGUGCAGGUGGAAGAUCCGCGGCAACGAGACGAGGCGAAUCGACAUCCACCUGAUGGAACUCGACUUGGAAACUUCCACCGGCUGCCAAAACGACAGACUCGUCAUCACAGAAAACGCUGAGCCGAGUGAGUUCGACGAAGUGGUUUACACGGGACUGGAAGCGGCUCAGUCCGGCAGAAUUGCCCAUUACAUGCCCCGAGCAGAUGCAAAUCACGAGUCAAUUUACUGCGGAAAGGGUUAUUAUUUGGACUGGUACUCGAGGACCAAAGCAGUGGACGUGAUUUUCUCGACCAACAACGCCGUGGCCGGCAAAGGCUUCAAACUGCAGUACCAAUACGCCCGCUGCAGCCGGAAUUUCACAAAGGACUUUGGCCGAAUCCACUACCAGGGCCGGACCGACGACAAAUUCAAAGGCGAGUGUUCGAUUCUGAUCACGACCGAGCCCAACAGGACCAUCGCGCUCUACUUCUCCGAACUCUACUCGUACCGCAAGAAUUUCCUCUCGAACGCCACUUCCUGCAACGGAUCCUCAACCUACAGGGUUUACGACGGCGUGUCCAAGUCUGGCGACGUUUUGGCCGAGUACUGCGGCGUCACCGUUCCCAACCCCGUCUUCUCCUCAGGGCCCGCUUUGCUCAUCGCCGCCAAUCAAAACUCGUUCUGGGCCGAGGAGGGUUUCGACGCCACCUACACCACUUCCGACAAGGGUCGCGGUUGCGGCGGAAUCGUGCGGAACGUGGCCGGCAGCGUGACCAGCCCACUCUACCCUGGCAAAAUCGUGGCGUACGCCGAGUGCGUUUGGGAAAUCACGGUGCCCGAGGGUUCCUACGUCGCCAUUUUUUUCACAGCCUUCAAUCUCGGCCCGAAGGAAAUCUGCAACUCGGACUAUUUGAAGAUUUUCGAGAUGAGCAGUUCGGACGGACAGGAUGUGUUCCGGACGCAGUUGUGCGGAAAUGACAUGCCGGCGCCGUUCUCGGCCAAUUCCAACUCGGUCCGCCUCAAGUACACGUCCAGCAUCCACAACGCAGGCACUGGUUGGAAGCUCAACUUCGCUGCCAAAAAAAUUGGAGGCUAAUUAAUUAUAUGUCAAUAACUUCUUCCAUAUACACAAAAAGUUAGAAAGAAAAUGACAAAGGAAUACGAUAAAAAUUAGAGAGCAAGCAAGACAUUUUCUCGACAAUUUCAUAUUGCAUUAUCCAAUGCUUUUUCGCAAACAAUAAAAUGAAAGCCAAGCUUAUUUGAAACAAAAAAACAAAUUUUCACAAUUCCAAUAUUCAAGUGCAAAAUAGAAGGUGUCAUCAUAACUAUUGCUGUUUCCCAAUAGUUCUUGCCACAAUACUGAUGAACAAAUUAUUUUGAAAGGGUUUAAAGAAGGUUUCAUGCCAGCAUAAUAAUUACAUGAUUAAUCGUCUUCAAAACGCAUCAAAAGUUUUAGACUAAAAACCAACGGUUCUUGGUAGUGGUGAGAAGCCAAGAAAUGUGCUUCAAUUACAUUUUCAGCAAUUUAGAACGAGUUUAAUUUUCAUUAUCCAUGAUAUUUAGUUACAUAAGCGAGUUGCAAUCUAGAUUCUUUCAUUUCUCACUUAAAUAGAAGCCAAAGCAUGGCCGGUUCAUAAAAAUAUAGGCAUUUUGGUGGUGCUUUUUUUUUUGUUAAAUUAAAACUUACCAAAACAUAUAUUGACUGGUGUAUUAGUCACGGCGGCAAUCGGGGCUGAUUGAUUGUAACUCGGCCUCCUGGAACAAAACUUGUGAGCCACCCCAAACCAAAAAGAAAAUGAUUUUAUGUUGGUUUCAGAACAACUUUACUUUCAAAGGAAAUAAAACAAGGCAAUAGGAAAUUCUAAUGAACUUUAAGCAUUUAAUUUAAUUUAACAAACUACCAUUCCUCUUGUUUGCUCUCUGUCUGCAUUACAUGUUAAGCGCCUUGGUGAGAAGAAGCUAAAUUAUUUCUUAAUAAUGUAUAUUCUCCAAACAAAUGCAUACUAUAAUUUGAAAUCAGAACGUCCAUAUCCAAAUGGAAGAAUUACAAUUUUUAAAUAAUUACCCAUUCGCAAUUAAAAUUAAGUUUUGUUAUUGUGAUUAAUUAAAUUAAUUUGCACAACACUGACAACUUCAAUUUUUCGAUAAUUUUCAAGUGACUCAAUUGCAAAUUUUUAAUCAAACAUUUUCCAUCUUCAAGUUGACGCGUUUUGUUUCAUGAAAAAGUAAUUUGUUAAUGCAAAAAUUCCGUAGUUGAAUAAAAUUUCUCGUGAAAAUUGAGAUGAAAUUUAGCAUUUUUUUACUUCCCGAUAAUUUGCAUGAGAUCCUCCGGUUGAAGAGAUAAAUUCUUCCAGCCCUUGACCUGUUCAAAAUUGUUGGCCGUGUCGCCGAAAGCCGUGACCCUGAGGGUUGUGGCCACUUUGUCCUUGGGAGAGUGGAGAGUGCAGGCAAAUCUCAAUUUUGCUGCCAAAAGAUUGCAGGCGACAUAUGCCUUUUAUUUAAAAAGCAAGUUGAGAUAGAUUUCUUUAUGCAAGGUUUUAAUGUUCACAAAAUUAUAUAAAUGUAUCUUUUAAAAAAAGACUUUAGAAUUUUGUAAAAUAAAUAAUACGA